UUUUCGUUCAACUAUUUCACGAAGUUCUUGAUAAAAGUUUGACUUACUACAAUUUUUACUGAAUAGAAAAUGUCGGAAGAAGUGUUGGUUUUUCCUAAGAAACUUCAGAAAGUAUUAAAAUCUGCGCGUUUAUUGCUGUCGAGAAAAGAAUAUGCCAAAUCCCUAUCCCAUUUUGCCUACAUUGUCCACAGUUUUCCGUUUUAUAGUCACCUUGUUCACGACGACUUCGAGUAUGCACUAAAAGCUUGGUGCAGUGUAUUAUUGAGUCAUAAUAAAACCGAAGAUAUGGUAAAAUGCUGCGAUGAAGCCUGCAGACUUUUCCCACUCUCUGGUAGAAUAGCGAAUAUUGCAGGCUCUGCUCUUUUUCAAGCUGAUCUGAUUGACCAAGCAGCUACUCUGUUUCGGCAGGCACUUAAGCUUGAUCCAACCCUCAUCUCCGCGGAGGAAAGCCUUGAGUCCAUUGCCAACUUGCUUGUUGAACGGUGGCACUUUCGAAUGCUUAACGAUUCUCAAAGAAAUUAUGCAUACAAGAAGGCAAUCACGAGAGCUGUCGAAAGAGGUUGCAAAAGUGUUCUUGAUAUUGGCAGUGGAACAUGCAUCUUGAGUAUGUUCGCUGUUCAAGCUGGGGCUGUGGAGGUACAUGCAUGUGAAAUGUCCCACGCAUUGUACAAUAUGUCUUUAGAUUUAUUGUCAGCCAAUGAAAUGAAAGAUUUUGUUCAUGUGAUCAACAAAAAAUCACAUGAUUUGUUAAUACCCACCGACAUCAACAAGGUAUCAUUGAUUGUUACAGAGACUUUAGAUUGUGGUUUACUCGGAGAGGGAAUUAUCAGUACUUUAGCACAUGCAAAACAGCAUCUUCUUGAUAUGAGCCAGAAGGGUUCUUGUCCAUCACAGGUUAUACCAGAAGCGGCUACUGUCUAUGGUCAGGUAAUUGAAUGUGAGAAGAUCCAGAACUAUUCUCGCUUAAAACCAGGUGUAUAUUGUGAAGGAAUUUCAAAUAUAAGAAUAAGAGGAGCUGAGGUGUCUAAGAAAGGUCUAGAGCCUUACACUACAGAGGAUAUGAGUUGUCUGAAACAUAAAUGCCUCUGUAAACCAUUUGUUUUGGCCAGAUAUAAUUUCUACACACCAGAAGAUUACCUGGAAGAGAUGAAUGAUAACAUUUCUAUUCCUAUCGUUGAAUGUGGUACGGUGGAUGCCAUCAUGACGUGGUUUGAAUUAAGACUUGACGGACAAGAAGUACUGUCAAGUGCACCUGGCCAAAGUGUGUGUUGGGAACAAGCAAUAUAUCCUUGUCACCCCCCUGAAGGGAUGCAGCCAAUUUUUAAAGUUGGCGAUGAAGUCAAUUUAAAUGUGAGAUUAACCAGUAGUGCAAUUUACUUGGAGUUCAACUCUGUUGUACAGAGUCAAGAGAAUACUUUGAUACAAAAGAAGAAUUGCCCACAUAAUAUGCCAACUAAACUUGAUAUCAACUUGAGCACUGCUCAUUCUCCUUUCCUGAUGCCAGUUGCUACAAAUGCAGAGGCAGACAAAGAGUUAUCCGAAACCCAUGACAUUCACCAUUGUAGUAUUUUCUAUUUUCCCCAUCAAGAUAUAAGCAAAUUGAACGACAUGUUUCUUCAAGAGAUGUGUGAACUAGCACUUCAGAAAACUCUCCAAGACUUGAAAAGAACAUCAAGAUGCAAUGGAGCAAACUUUGGUUGUAUAACCUCAUGUUUAUCACCAAGUCUAUCUCCAUUGCUUGCAUUGACAACUGGAUAUUCCCCAGUCAUGUGCAUCACGGAGAACUCACGUUUUUCUCCUUGUUUGAAAAUUCUUGCUCGUGAGAGUAAAUUUGAAGAGAAGCUGAUUCUUACAAAUGAUCCGCUUGAAAACUUUGCAAAUUCAAAAAGAUUUCAUGUUUUUGUUGUUGAUCCAAUUGAGCCAGGUGGACAACUUAGACAGGGAGUAAUCGAGGACAUUGUGUUUGCUAAGGGAUGUGUCCUCCACAAAGAUUUAGGUCGAGUGUUACCAAAUAAGAUUGAAGUAUGGGGAAUGCUUAUUCAAUCAAGUGAACUGUGUCAGAAGACUUGUGUGAUAGGUGAUGAUGUCACACUAGGGCUCAACAUAGCAGGAUUUAUGAACACUUUUCAAGUAAAGAAUCAAAUAGAUGUUGAUGUAGAAAGCAAUCCAUUUGUUGCACACACCAAUCCUACAAAACUUCUAACUUUUGAUUUCAUGAAUGCUUGUGAUGAUGAUGCAAUGCUCUCCCUCUUGAGCUUGUCAUCUGAUGUGCCGAUAACUGCCUCCGAUGAUGGUGUAAUUGAUGGCUUGAUGUAUUGGUUUGAACUGGAUUAUGGGCAAGAGAAGAUGUUGAGUACGGGACCCAGUGCAACUAACCAUUUUAACCAGGUUGUGGUUAUGUUUAAAGAGAAGAUUUCGAUUCAUUGUGGACAAAAACUUAUGGUGAAAGCAUCAUGUCAGAAAAGUUGUAUUAAUAUCAUUGUACUUUGAAAGCAACUGCAAUUGUACCAUAUAAAUAAACAACUGUUUGUUAUUAAUAAAUAUCUAUUAUACACAUUA